AUGGUUCGAUUCAUAGUAUUGAUGCUACUACUAGCGAUAUAUCCGUGCUCUUCGACUUCUGGAAGUGACGACACCAAUAAUGACUAUGUUCGAGACGUUUGCAGUGUGACACGUUAUCCAGAUCUCUGCAUUCACUCUCUGUCCUCUUUCUCAAAAACAGCGGGACAAAGCCCUAGCCGGUGGGCUCGGGCCAGUGUGUCGGUUACGAUAGGCGAAGCCAAGAAGGUCGCACUAUACUUGUCGACAUUGAGUAGAAGCAAUUGGGCGAUGAGGGGAAGGAACAAAGUUGCCUUGUCCGACUGCAUUGAGUGUUUUGGAGACGCGCUCGAUAACUUGCACAAGUCACUUUAUGUGCUUCGGAAGCUUAGCGUUCGGGAGUUCGGUAGCCAAGUGGAUGAUGUUGCUACUUGGGUUAGCUCGGCUCUCACGGACGAGGACACUUGCGUGGAUGGGUUUAUCGAGGGAGGGAAAGGAAAACGGGUUAGGUCAAUCGUGAAUCGGGUUUCGAAUGUCACGUACAUGACGAGUAACGCGCUAGCGCUUAUCGACAAACUCGCCACUGCUGGCCCAAGGUGCCUCGUAGAUGAUUAG